UGCGCACUCGGUGUAAACAGGAAGAACCGACUAAAACCAGGGCAAAUCUGGAAGAAAAAUGUUCGGACAAAACGAACAGGCGUCUUGUUUUUCCGGAUAAAUUAACCAGCAUAACUUUUGUACUCUACCAGCUGAUAGUAAUUUCGAUUACAUCUUGUAGAAGUAGGUGCAGUUUUUUCGACAAUUUUGAUAGACGCUAAUGCCGUAAGAAACCUAACGUUAGACAGAGAGUGACGCGAUAUAUUUCCUUUAGGUUUUGCUCUUGCGAAUUUGUCUGCUAGACUGCAUUUUACUCAGUGCUCUCUGAAGUCGUCUGAAUUGUGUGAUUUUUCAGCCGAGGAAAAUCUCUAAAAAUGGUUCAAAAAGAUCAGACGCUGGAGACCCCUCCAGUGGACGGCGAGCCGAGCCCCAGCCCAGUCUCCGGAGAGGCUUGUGCUGAGGCCCCCGGCCCGGUGGGAGAGUCCGGCAUUGCAGUCGAGCCGACGGGCCACAGAAAAUUCAUAAGUGGAGUCGUGGAAGGCUUUUAUGGUCGACCAUGGACAAUGGAGCAGAGGAAAGAGUUGUUCAGAAGACAACAGAAAUGGGGACUGAAUACAUACCUGUAUGCACCCAAAGAUGACUACAAACACAGAAUGUUCUGGAGAGAGCUGUACUCAGUGGAAGAAGCAGAGCAACUUAUGACUUUAAUUGGCGCUGCUAAGGAGCAUGGGAUAGAGUUCAUCUAUGCCAUUUCUCCUGGACUGGACAUCACCUUCUCCAAUCAGAAAGAGGUUUCUGCACUCAAGAGGAAACUUGAUCAGGUUACUCACUUUGGCUGCAAGUCAUUUGCCUUACUUUUUGAUGACAUUGACCACAACAUGUGCCCUGCUGACAAAGAGGUGUUCAGCUCAUUCGCGCAUGCUCAGGUUUCCAUUACCAAUGAAAUCUACCAGUACCUGGGAGAGCCUGAAACCUUCCUCUUCUGUCCCACAGAGUACUGUGGAACAUUCUGCUACCCAAAUGUCUCACAGUCCCCCUACCUCCACACAGUAGGUGAAAAGCUACUGCCUGACAUUGACGUUCUAUGGACAGGCCCCAAGGUGGUGUCCAAAGAUAUUCCAGUGGAGUCUAUUGAGGAGGUGUCAAAAAUCCUAAGAAGAGCCCCUGUUAUCUGGGACAACAUUCACGCCAAUGACUAUGACCAAAAGAGGCUUUUCUUGGGUCCAUACAAAGGCCGCUCCACAGAGCUCAUUCCCAGGCUGAAGGGAGUCCUCACCAACCCUAAUUGCGAGUUUGAGUCCAACUUUGUAGCUAUCCACACUCUGGCCACCUGGUACAAGUCUAAUAUGAAUGGGGUGCGCAAGGAUAUUGUCAUGACGGAUGGUGAGGAUAGCACCGUGUCCAUCCAGAUAAAGUUAGAGAAUGAGGGCAGUGAUGAAGAACUGGAGACAGAUAUGCUCUACAGCCCACAGCUUGCUCUAAAACUGGCUCUUACAGAAUGGCUGGGGGAAUUUUGUGUUCCUCAUCAAUACAACAGCCGACAGGUGCCUCAGAGUGGUGCUAAGAGCGCAGCCAUCGACGUGUCGUCCAUGGCUGCUCCCUCUCUGUGCUCUUCCACAACAGUCACAACUGUGUUCCAGCAGCCUAUCAUGUCUCCAGCCAUGCCGCCUCUUUGUCUGGAUCCACUCUCACACCCCAUGGCAAAAAGAGCUCAGGAGGUUGAGGAGGUGGAGGUGGAGAAGAAGGAUUCAGAUGAGGAGCCCAUGGAGAUGGUGGUUGAGAAGAUGGUAGAUGAGCCAGAGACAGAAGCAGAAGGCGUCCCAGAGGAGAAGCACGUUGGUCCUAUCUUAGCCGACAAGAUGGCUGAGGACCUGAAGCCCAUGGAUACAGACAAGGAGAGUCUGGCAGAGUCAAAGUCCCCUGAAGAGUCUAUCCAGGAGGACUCUGGGAGCGAUAUCGCCCCUAUGCAGACAGAUGAUCAGCUCAAACAGGUGUCACAAACAUUUGAAGUGUUUGUGCCUGGGCCCGACGAGAAGCCCCUGUACAAAGCAGAGCCCCUCACUAUUGAGGACCUGAGCUUGCUGGCAGAGCUCUUCUACUUGCCUUAUGAACAUGGAAACAAGGCCAUGCAGAUGUUAAAGGAGUUCAACUGGUUAAGAGCUAACAGCAGCGUCGUCAGUGUCAACUGCAAGAGAAAGGAGACUGAAAAGGUGGCAGAAUGGCAAAUGAGGGCAGAGAAGUUUGAGGAGAUGUGCUGCUCAGUCAUCCAGAUGUUCACACGGCUGUCCAAUUCAGCCAACCGCACCAUCCUAUACGACCUCUACUCUUACAUCUGGGACAUCAAGAGCAUCAUUUCUAUGGUCAAGUCUUUUGUCCAGUGGCUAGAUGGAAGAAUCCACAGUACAAGUUUCUACUGCUAUUGGAUCGACAGUGGCCGAUGGUGUCGUAGUCAGUCCUCAGCACAAUUCCUUAGAGGAGACCAAGAGCCCUGGGCCUUUAGGGGAGGUCUAGCAGGAGAGUUCCAGAGAUUGUUGCCAAUCGAAGCGGCAAACGAUCUUUUCUACCAACCUCCACCUUCAAUGCCAACCUCCAAACUCUAUUCCAUAAGGCCAUACUUUCCCAAAGAUGAGGCUGCGGUUUAUAAAAUCUGUAAAGAAAUGUACUGUGAAGGAAUGGAAGAUGUACCUUUCUCUGAUGAGGAUCCUGACCUCAUAGGAGACAGGUUAGUAGGAGGUCUCCUGACGCUAAGUUCAGAGUAUGGGUUUGUGCUAGAGGAUGAUGAAGGGAUUUGCGGUUAUGCUCUUGGUACAGUGGAUGUCGAGCCCUUCAUCAAGAAAUGCAAGUUGAGCUGGAUCCCCUUCAUGCAAGAGAAAUACCACAAACCGGACUGUCAGAAAGACCUGACAGAGGCUGAGAAGAUGAUGCUGAGUUUCCAUGAAGAGGAGGAGGGUCUUCCAGACUCUUUCCACUCCAACUUUCCCUCUCUCAUAAAGGUUGACAUUCACGCCAAAGUCACUGACCCCAGUGUGGCCAAAAGCAUGAUGGGAUGUCUUCUAUCUUCUCUCAAGGCCAACGGGUCCCAUGGUGCGUUCUGUAAGGUUCGUCAGACUGAUAAGAGAAUGUUGGACUUCUAUAGUAAGCUAGGAUGCUUUGAAGUGGCCAAAAUGGAGGGCUUCCCCAAAGACGUCAUCAUUAUGGGACGCAGCCUAUGAAGAAACGUCCUGCUACAAUAACAGAGACAGAGAGCAAGUCAACGUGGCUUGAACAUGUUUGCUACCUUCAUGAGAAAAACUUCCAUGAUGAUUUUAUACUACAUUACCAUCAGGGCUAGCCCCGAGAAAACCUCUUUUUAGGAUUUGUGUACAGAAGCACAGCAGUCGCACACACAGAUUCCCUGUGCUGCCCUUAGAUAUUAUGGCUCUGUUGGAGUCAGCAGAUCUGAAGCUAAAAGGCAGAGGAGUGAUCUGUAGUCUGCUGAUUUGAGCCAGCAUGGAAGAGUGGCACUCCAGCAUUGAUUUCUGGGGUGCCACUACUCGUAUACCUCCAGGAGGCAGGAAGUGAUAACUCCAUAAGCCUUUUUCUGAUUUAAACCCGUAGCCAUUUCAUGGAAAGCGCCCGCAUGCCCUAACGCAAAGUGUCUGUACCUGAAAUGGAAGCAGAGCUGUGAAAUGAGGGCGGCCUGUGUCUCAGGUAGUGUCUCGCUACCCCUGCGUCCUGCUUCCCCAGCUUUAACAUAGAGAAAUAACACAGCUGCCAACAGAAGUAGGACACUUUCAUACAGGAUGUGAGGUGCUACGUGAGGGUUUGCCUUCCAUCAUCACAUCGUGGUAUUUCCACAACAGACUUGGAGAAAGAAGCCUUUUAUGUGGCUUGUCUCGAACAAAAAGUGAUGAGUAUAAGUAGGAAAUUUUAUAGUUUUCCGUGUGAAAAUCUUAAUCAAAGAUUGUGACACACCAGCAAGGGAAAAGUAUUUGUUGAGACUGUAAAGAAAAUUAAACCAGGAGGUCCUCAGAAUUUCAAUUGAAGUAAUAGUAGACAUUUGGAAAGCACGAGGAAAGCUACCAGGUUUACAAACAUGGUUCUCAGUCAGUUUCUGUUCAGUGCUUUGCUUGUGGCCAUUUAUUAUUUUUUAUAAUUCUGCUGUUUUUUGUGCUAUUGCCUUUUGGUUCAUUGCUUUUUGUAUUUUAGGUUUAUAUUGCAGGCCCCAGUGUCUACUGUGUAAAGGCUUUCUAGCAUGUGUCACUCAGACAGAGCUAGAAGGAAUUUUUUUUUUUUUUUGGACAUCUGCCUUGUUGUUGCUCAAAUUCCAGAGAUGUAGCUUGACAAUCGCAUGUCUUAGUUUUGCCCUGCCAGAUCCAGGAGGUCACUGUCAGAGAAAGCUCAGACCAUCUCAGCAGCAACAACCCUCCUGUGAUCGUAAAGCUGCUCAGUUUCUUCUUAACCACUAAUUCCAAACCUGACUUGUAAAGCAGCAGGUGAUCUGACCUGUGUUCUAGAGAUGUGCUGUGCUGGAAAGUUAUCUUUUGCUUGUCAUCGGUAAUAGAAAGUUAUAAGUUUUCAACUAUCAUCUUGCACCCCUCCCUUGCAUUGUUUCAGCAUUCUCUGGAAUGAAAGUCUUCUCAGUUGAACCUUGCCAAGCACCCUUGGUAUCGCAGAGGUUGUUAAAUCCAGUCACCAAAGUGACACUGACUCCCACACUGUUGAACUGUUAAGGUGUGGCAGGGCUUGGAGCAGAAAUUCCGAGGCCUUUUCCUAUUUGUCCAUGUUGAAUGUUUUAUAUUCUGACUCGUUUCCCAUUUGUUUUUGUAAAUGUAUGUAGUUAAUUUAAAAUAAAAGCAGUUGGGACUAUUGAUAGGAGUGUUCUGCUGGUUUCAUGUGGAUCAUCAGUUGCUCUCCAGUGGCUGCUGCCAAUGUGAUGUUUUGAUACUGUGUACAUUCAUAAUGUGCAUGAGGUGUACUGAAAUUGGUGUGGCGGUCAUUAGAAUAACCUCAUCUUGUGCUACAUAGAGCAAGAAGCAUGCCACUCACCUUUAUGAGCACAAUACUGUAGUUGGUAGACAGUGCUAACGCUGUCAAUCAUAAAGUGUUAUUAUUUUGUAUAUCUCUAUAGAAACUGUGGCUAGCAUUCUGUUGUCCUUGAAGGAAAAGAAAAUGCUGGCCUUCUAAUGAUGCCCUGUCCUGUUUUCCGCAAGGUGUGAAACUCACCAAACGAUCUCUCCUGAAAUGACAGCAGAACUUUCAGGCUUGUUUUAAACGGUUCAUUUGCAGUUUGUUGAUUGGGAGGGGGGCUCAUAAAAAGUGACAGUUUACCAUGUAAAACCUGUAUGUAAAAUACAUAAUAUUAAAAACUAAUAAACUAUAA